UUUUCUUUAAAUACAAGAUGUACAAACAAAUUCUGGUCCUCUUUUUCUUGGUUGCCGCUGUCGCUGCUGAAACCGCUUACUUUGCUUUUAAAACUUAUGGCAGUACUGACGACUUUGUCAUUCAAUUGACGGACGACAAACUUAUUAAGCACGCACGCGAUCUUGUGAGUGGUGCCACUACGGAUGAACCUCAUCUUCAUGGAAGAAUUAGAAAACAAACUGCUUCUUAUAACCCAAAAUACAGUUUUCAACUUGACCCUGCAACCAUCGGCUUUUUUAACAUGGCUAUUGAAGUUUGUGACGCUUAUUUGCCAUACGUUGAAGAGCAUCUUGAUGAGGCCUGUGGUGCUUUCUUACCUGGAUGUGUUUACUGUCCCUGGACCUCUCAAAUUACCAGAGAAAUCAAAUAAAUAAAAAUUUAUUUAAAACAGUUA